GUAGAGUCUCCUACUGUCCGGAGUGUAGUAGGAGCGGAAAGUGAUAGAGUGUAGCAAGUGGUGCUGCUGAGUGCCUAUUGUGUGUGACAACGGAUAACGGGUCUAUUGCACAGGGCGAUGUAUUGCUGUACUUUGUGAAGAUCCGGAGUUGGCAGUUUAGCAGCUCAGGCGGGGAAUGCUCGACUCCCCGGGAACACUUGUUGGAUAAGCAGGAGAUUUUUUGAAUAUUUCAAAAGACCACAAAUCAUUGUUCUGGGUCAUGAAACUUAAUCCUCAGCAAGCUCCAUUAUAUGGUGAUUGUGUUCUUACAGUCCUGCUUACCGAAGAAACUGAACUGGAAGAUGAUGUAGUUUUCUACCUACUAUUUUCCGGAUCAACGCUGAAGCAUUUAACAAGUACACGAAAAGUAAAUUCUGCAACUUUAGAAACUGUUACUCCAGGUCAUGACUGCUCUGAAAGAGUAAAGGUCUCACUCUGUGCUUCCAAGAAAGGUUUUUCUUUUGUGGUGGCUGAAGAGAACUUUGAAUUUGUCCAAGAUGAAGCUUAUGAUUCUGCUCAGUUUCUAGCGGACAAUGCAGGAAACCAGCAGGCUUUAAUAUUUGCAAGGUUCUUGGACAGGGCCAGGCCAUCUUCUGGGGAUGCAACUGUGUUGGAUGAUAAGAUCACAUUAGCUUUUCGACAUCUGAAUUUACCUACUGGAUGGAAUGUGCUGGGGUCAGACAAAGAUAUAACAGAUGGCCACCUGCAGGAGACGUUGAUGCACUUUGCAGCAAGACUGGGUCUUUAUCAACUAGCAAAAUUCCUCCUACAACAGCCUGGUGGCAGAAAAGCUUUAGCUGUACACAAUAGCGAAGGUGCUACGCCUUUAACCCUUGCCUGGGAAAGAGGCUUCCAGAAAUUGCAUCACCUGUUAUCAGAGCCUGAAAGAGAAAGUUCAGAUCCUUUGGAUAAAGAUUCUCACACCGAGAAUAAUGGAGACUCCUGUUUGAAACACCACUGUGAAUUAAAUGUUUACACAUUAACCACAAAAUUACAAAUGGAUGCGAAGGCGACAAUGGAAAAAAGCAUCGAUGAAUUAAACAAGUACAUGGAAAAUCAUUCUCAUUGCCAGCCAUCAUUGAAAGGGACAGAUGAUUUAGAUUACUUCUGCAGUGAAAAAGAUACAAGGCUAACUCUAGUAGAGAAAGAUUCCAAGAACUGUAAAGAGAUGGAGUCAUUGGAAGUGUUAAGUGAGAAGGAUUGUGAAGCUAAAACUGUGCAGGAGCACUGCAUUGAAUUUAGAGAUGAGGUGGAAACUGUGGGUGGGGAUGUUACAGUGCUUUCCUCUGAAAGUAAAAAAAUAGAUCUAAAAACUAAAGAGGAAGAGGAGGGUCUUGCGCGGAUUGUAGAAGCGGAGAAUGUGUCAGCUAGUAACGAUCACAUACAAAGCUAUUCCACCGAGGUACACAGUGCUGUACACCUUCUGUCCGGUGGAAAUCCAAAUGAGGAAACUGAAAUGACAUCAACUGGAAUUGUUUUGGAUCAAGAAUGUCUGUGUGAGAGAGAUAAUACUAAUCAGGAAAUGAUAACCACUAAGGAGAGAACAACUCCUCCAGAUACAGCAGUUGCGGAAGCUAUAAAGAAAACAAGUGAUCUCACCAAAGACAUUAGUGUGAACAUGGGGCAGUCUUUGUCUGGCUACUGUGCCAGUAAUGCAAACGCUAUUGUAUUAGAAGACUGUGAGGAGAGAAGUGAACAGGAAACUGGGAAGCUGGAAGCACUGGAAAAACUGUUUGAAAACUCAGAUAAUACAUCUGUAGAUAAAUGUAGCACUAUUGAGGAACUGAGUCCAUGUCUUCAGGAACAGCAAGGCAUUGUGGUAUCAUUGCAAACAAUAGGUUCCCCACUGGCAAAUCAUUCUGACUGCAAUAGAAUGUCUUCAGCUAAUGGGGGAAACUCACAAGUGGAAUCUUUGCACAUCCUUUCUGAACAUCUAAACCCAAUUUCUGAAAAUGAAAAUCCUAGUAUAGGAGCAAGUGAUGAUAAACAAUUGCAGUUAUUAAAAGAAAAUCAUCCCCCAAAUUCACUGACUUGUGAAACUAUGCUUGAGGAGAUAAUCAAUGCUAUUUGCACAGAGCUCACAGCUGAGGAUAAUACUGCUACUUCUAAAGAUCACACUGAUAUGCUGAAAAGCAGUAAUGGUAAUCUGCCACAAGGAGAAGCUGUGGAGACUAAAGUAGAAUUCUGUCAUUUUCAGCAUGCAGAUAUGGCAGAAGUACCUGCUGAAGACGGAAGCAAAGAUAAUCUGGCAAACACUGAAACGUCAGGUACAAGUUGCUCAGAAAAUGCUUUAUUCCAGAAAACAGACCUGUGUUACAGUGAAAUACAGCAGGUAGCAAAUGAGGUGCAUGAUGGGGAAGCAGUGCUUGUGCCUUCAGCUGCCUGCCAUAGUACUGACAUAAUGUCACACUCACCUCAUGAAGGGCAUCAUGCUCUUAUAGAGCAGUAUGUAGAAUCUUGUGUAGCUGCAGUGCUGCAGGAUAUAAUUAGUAAGUUGGAAAAAGACAGCUCACCUGACUUUACAGAUGAUAAGCAACAAAUGCUGACACUUUAUGGUGAAAAUAUGAAGGUUCCACCUGCUGGACAAACUGCAUCACUGCAUAAUGAGAAUGAUUUAUCUGUGUGUGCUGUAGGCGAAUGGAAUAAAGUGUCUGACACUCCCUCUCAGUUAAGUAAUUAUGAAUUUGUGCAAAACCAGGAAGUGUCAGCAAAGGAUUUCGUGCAGAGUGAUGCAAGCUCUGAAAUGCAAGAGGCUGCUGUUGCUGCAAGUUGGCAACAAAACAGAGAGCAAUCACAGCUCACUGUGUGUGAACAGGGUCAAAGAGACAAUGAUCUUAAAGGGAUGCUCUGUGAAACAGACCACUGUAAAGCUAAUGAUGAUCUCUUGAGUUUGUCACCUGAAUUUAAGAGUGAAAGGAAUGAAGAUGUGGAACACCAACUGCCAUUGGAAGAUGAAGAAACACAUUUUGCUGUAGAAAUUGAGAAUGGAAUUAUGGAAGUUAAUCAGCCUGAAUCAAAUAUCUCUGAGUGCAUAGAAAACAAGUUAGACAUCCAUGAUGGUGCUUCAGAAAUAAUAAAUGCAAAUGAAGCUGAAAUUACUCCAGUAAUAAUACUGCCCGACUCCUUGAGUGCAGAGACCAGUAUUGUUGCCUGUGGACAGGAGGAGUCUAAAGAUUUUGCCAAGGAACCUCCUAUUCAUUGUGAGAAAAGUGAUGAGGAGUCUGAGGUUGUCAAGGUCCCAAGAGCAUCUCUUCACCCUAUUGCAGAAGAACUGCUUAAUGGUGAGUACAGUUCAGGCACCGCAUCAGCAAGCAGUAAGAGUGAGGGCAGUUCUUGUUCAAGUGAUUCUGAGGUUGAGUUUAUUGGUCCCAGUGAAGUAGGAAAUGGCACAGCUGAGACAAUACUACAAUCAUUUUCACAUCCUGAGGUUUGUGAUGUACACGAUGUUGAGUUGACUGCUACAGUAAGUUUACCUGAAAGUCCAAAUGGAUUACUAGAGGCAGAGCAUGGGUUAGCUACAGUUACUGAGGUUUUGUCAGACUCAUCUACUGAUUUUCCUACCACCCUGAAGUAUGAUGCACUUCUGGAUUCUGAGGAAUAUGGAGUUGGCUCUCUACAUAAGGAGGAAGACUCUGGUUUGGAUUUAUCUGGAAACAUGGAGGAAAUUGUAUGUCCCAGCAUGUCUGACACAGAGAUUGUCCCAGAAAGUUUUGAUGGAAUAGCAGACGACGAGGUUGAUUUUGUGAAACCAUUACAGACCCAGACCGAAAUACAAAUUAUAAACAGAGAAAGCUGCUGCACGCUUGAACCCUGUUCGCAUCCAGACUUGCUUGAAUCUAAGCACUCUAAUGAAUCAACAGUGUGUGAAAGAUUUUUGGACCAUGGACUGGAUAUUGAAAGCUCAUCUCAGCGAACCCUUAAGAGGGGUUCUGCAAGUGAUACAGAUUUAUUGUCCUCUGAAGCCAUGGAUGAAAUUACAUUUGCCAAGGCUGAAGAGAAUUAUCUAUGUGAUGCUGCUAGCUCCAGCUCAUCUACAGAUGAAACUGCAUCUCUAGAAAGGACCUCUUCCCAUGGCAGUGAUAUUUCCCUUCCUCAUGCCAUGAACAUGAAAAAGCACAAGGACAGACUUAGCUUGGACAGCAGCUGUAGCAGCACAAUGGCUGCAUCUGUGGAGGAAAGGGAAAGUGAACAUACCGGGGUGUCGGAGAUUGAAGAAGAAUUAGACCGCAUCACUGAAGUACCUGCACAUCCAUCUCGUUCAAAGAGCUCCAUGCGUUCCCUUUCUCCUUUUAGGCGGCACAGCUGGGAACCUGGAAAGCGUUCUGGAAAUGAUGCAGAAAUCAACCGUAGGAGUUCAAUGCGAGUUCUGGGGGAAGUUGUAAGGAAGCCUCCAGUUCAUAGACGAAGUAUGAGCUGGUGUCCUUGUGAUGCGCAAAGCAUUAUGGGUGGUGACUUUAAUUGUAGAAGUUACAGCUUAGAAGGCCUUGCGGGAGAUGCUAAAGAUAAGAAGACGUCAGCUCCUAUUGGUUCUUCCCCCUCUGGCUCGCAUAAGAUGAUUGGCAGUGGAAGAGAGGAUAGAGGUUCUUUGGUUUCGCUUACAGAAGAAGAACACGUAUCCGAUCAGAGAACAAACAGACAUUUUAGGCAUCAUGUCUCAGAAAGAGCUCCUGGGUUUGAUUAUUCUAAUCUAGCUCCUCCUCCACAUUUGACAAAAUCCAUGUCACUUGUGACAAUCAGCCAACCAGGAAUGGAGGGUGUCCGCUCACUGAAUCACACAAGCAGUUCCAUGUCUCAGAGCAUAUCUGAGGAAAGUUGUAACCAAUUACCUACAAGCCCUUCACGGAAAGAUAUGGAUGGUAAAAGUGGAACAAAAGUAAGCCGUACCUUCAGCUACAUCAAACAUAAAAUGUCCAGUGGCAAAAAGACUAAAGAAAAGGAAAAAGAAAAAGAGAAAACAAAGGAAAAAGACAAAGAUACAAAGGAAAAAGAUAAGGAUAAGAAGACAUUAAAUGGCCAUCUGUUUAGCGCUACACAAAUAGUGGGUGGCAUAGCAUGCUUCAACUGCACAAAACCUUUACCAGCUAAAGACGUGUAUCUCUGUGCAAAUUGCAACUCAUUAGUACAUAAAAGUUGUAGAGAGAGUUACACUCCCUGUGCAAAGGUCAAAAUGAAGGGUCCACAACCUCAUGAUUCGUCUUCACUACCAGUGAUCAUGAGGAACAAGGGCUCACAACCGAAGGAGCGGCCGCGGUCAGCAAUAAUUGCACCAGAUGAAAAUACCAUUUCAACACUAAUGAUUAAUAGGAGAUCACAAACAUCCCUCUCAAUAUCCAAGAGCAUCUCAACACAAAAUAUUGCAGGAAUUGGAUGUGAUGAAGGCCUUGCAGGUACUUGGAAAGUUCUCUCUCAGUCUACAGAUUCUUUGCACAAAAUCAGCAAAGUUCAUGAGUCAAUGGAGUCUCUUAUUGAUGAGGGAAUGGACAUGAAUGAGGGACAGCUCAUGGGCGAAUUUGAGACGGAUUCCAAACAACUAGAGUCAGAGUCUUGGAGCCAGGUUGUGGACAGCAAGUUCCUUCGACAGCAAAAGAAAGACGUUGUGAAACGCCAGGAUGUGAUAUAUGAACUUAUGCAAACGGAAAUGCACCAUGUAAGAACAUUGAAGAUCAUGAGUGACGUAUACAGUCGCGGAAUGAUGACGGAAUUACAACUUGAACAGAACGUUCUAGAAAAGAUUUUCCCUUGCCUUGAUGAUUUGCUGAACAUUCAUAGCCAGUUCUUCCAAAGGAUCCUUGAAAGAAAAAAAGAAUCAAUGGCAGAAAGAAGUGAAAAGAAUUUUAUCAUUAAGAGAAUUGGGGACAUUCUUGUAAACCAGUUUUCGGGUGACAAUGGUGAGCGAAUGAAGAAAACAUAUGGCAAGUUUUGUGGACACCACAAUGAAGCAGUGAAUUAUUUCAAAGAUUUGCACUCUAAGGAAAAGCGGUUUCAAGCAUUCAUAAAGAAAAAAAUGAGCAGUUCAGUAGUGAGACGACUGGGCAUCCCUGAGUGUAUAUUGUUGGUAACGCAAAGGAUCACAAAGUAUCCUGUCCUGUUGCAAAGAAUACUGCAGUAUACUAAAGAAAAUGAACCUGAGCAUCAGGAUGUGGCAAAUUCUUUAAAUCUCGUUAAAGAUGUAAUAACUGAGGUAAACACCAAAGUCAAUAAUUAUGAAAAGAAGAUACGUCUAAAUGAUAUCUACAUCAAGACAGACAGCAAGUCUAUUCAGAGAAUGAAGAGUGGGCAGAUGUUUGCUAAGGAAGAUCUGAAGAGAAGGAAAUUGGUUAGGGAUGGUUUUGUUUUCCUGAAGCCAGUGAAAGGGGGGUUAAAAGAAGUUCUGGCUGUUCUCCUGUCUGACAUAUUAGUAUUUCUCCAGGAAAAGGAUCAGAAAUACGUGUUUGCAUCACUGGAGCAAAGAUCCACAGUGAUUUCUUUGAAGAAGUUGAUAGUGAGGGAGGUGGCGCAUGAAGAGAGAGCCUUGUUUUUAAUCAGUAUGGUAGCGGACACUCCAGAGAUGGUGGAAGUCCAUGCAAGCUCUAAAGAAGAGCGGAACAGCUGGAUUCACAUUAUUCAAGACACCAUGAACACAAUGGACAAAGAUGAUGAUGAAGGCAUUCCUAGUGAAUCAGAGGAAGAGAAAAGGAACCAGGACACCAAAGCUAGAGUGUUAAAAGAACAACUUCAGGAAAAGGACCAACAAAUAAUAGAACUACUUGAAGAAAAGGAGAAGAUUUUCCAGUCCUUGACUGACUGCUGUGGACCUGAAGAUAACUCAUUGUCUGUAACAAUGGGAAGAGUUCUCUUCAGAGCCAACACAGAUGAUGCUCCCAAAGGGGAACCUGUAAUUAAAAAUGCAAUUGUAGAAGUCGAGACACUUCAGGCUCUUGUGAGCAGGAAUCCUUGGGGCAGCAUAGUGCAGCCAGCUGCUAGUCCCACAGAGCCAGACGUUGCAGUGGGACCGGUCUCUCUUCCCCGAAGAGCAGAAACAUUUGGAGGGUUUGACAGUCAUCAGCUUAAUGCUUCAAAAAGUGGCGAGAAAGAUGAAGCAGAAGACGCACAGGAUCUCCGCAGAACAGAGUCUGACAGUGUACUGAAAAAGGGGACAAAUACCAAUUUGAUGUUUAAAAGAAAUAGUGAGCAGGUUCUUCAGUCUGUUACAAACCUCCAUAGGCUCCUUAGCAUUUUACAGGUGGUUGUACUACAACAAGACACUUACAUAGAAGACCAGAAAUUGCUGCUGAAUGAAAGAGCCCUCACUCGAACCUCUUCACGCCCAAACUCCUUGAUUGAGCAAGAGAAGCAGCGUAGCAUGGAAAAACAGAGACAGGAGCUGGCAAACCUCCAGAAACAGCAAGCACAGCACCUGGAAGAGAAACGCAAGCGGGAGCGAGAGUGGGAUGCAAGAGAGAGGGAGCUGGCGGAACGCGAGGAGCGGCUUGUACAGAGAGAGGAACAAGCAAGCACAAGCAUGCAGAAGAUGGAACAAGAGAAGAAUGAAUUGCAGGCUAGGAAAGAAGAAUAUCAGCAUGACCUAGAGAGGUUGAGGGCGGCACAAAAGCAGCUGGAAAAGGAGAGAGAGCAGCUGAAAGAAAUGGAAAAGGCCUCCUGCCAACAUGAUAAACUUUAUCGAGUGCCCUCACUUCCUGUUGGAACCGACACUUCAAAAUGGUAUAGUUCUAGUUCAUCAAAACAGGAGCACUUAGAAGCAGAGCUGUCUACCUCCCCCAAGAAAGACAGCUUAUUAAGGACAGAUAGCAAGCAGAAAGGAAAAAGCCACUUCAGCCUGCUGGGCACAAAUCAAACAAACAAAACAGUUGAUGCUCCCACCCCAAAUCGCCUCUUCAAUUUGUCAAAGCCAAAGGAAAAAAAAGAAAAGAAGAAGAAGGGCAAAAGCAACCGUUCCCAGCCUGCAGAUUCACACUCUGGUGAAGGGACAACCCAGGAGGAAGAGAUCUUUUGCUGAUUGCGUUACUCUGCUGGAGCACUUCCUGUUUCAGUGAGGACCAUGUUAUUCCCAGCUGUGCUAAUCAGCAGGGUUCUUGGGCAAUAGCAUGUUUGUUGGGGGCCGUGUACGCACAUGGUUUACAAGCACAGGGAUAUGGUGUGUGUUCCUGCUUAUGGACAUCAGUGGUGGAUAAUAAAACUGGAUCUAAUGCAAAAAAGGAAUCCAUUCCAUUUUGACCUAGUCAGCAACCAUUUGCAGCACUGCUUAUCUUCACUGUGCCUGAUUCAGCAUAAAAUGGUCACUGAAAAAUUCUGUAAUCUACUUUAUGCUCAAUAAUUAUUUGUUCCUGGGAUCUUGAUGCUUAUUUCUCAUAACACCACCCAGUGCAAGAAAAAAAAAGAGAGAAAUUAAGCAACACAAGGCAAAAAAGUAUAAAAAUGUAACCUGUCCUGGCUAAUGAACAACUAUGGAGCACUUAACGAUUUUAUAUCCUUUCAUAUUUCUGGGCUCUCUAUUUGUACAUAUUUUUUUUUUGUUGUGUGAAAAAUAAUCCACAGUUGAAAGAAUAUAGCUAUUUAUUUGGUUAAAAGGUAUCUUAGUAUUAUCUGAGUAUCAAUAUGUCAGAUUCACUAAGCAAGGAAAUGAACUAUUACACAGAUUAAGGAAUACAAAAUGUAAAAGCAAGGAUAUGGUUUCAAAUGAUCUGGAACAAAAUAAUUAUAGGUGAAGGAAAUAAUUUAUAACACAAAAUGGUAAGUGGCUUUUGUUGUAAUCUAUAAAGGGUUGUAAAAAAAAUACAAGUAGGAAACAAACUGCAUUAAUGACAGCUGCUGUCAUUCAGUUACCAGUAGAGGGUGCUAUGGGCAUAGUUGUGUUAGUUGCUUCCUAAUCUGCUUAUGUCUAUCUGAGUCAGGCUCAUGGCCACUCUGUACUGUUAACCCUUUCUAGAAAAUUACUAUACUUUCUUACACGUUUGCAACAUCAUUUAAAUGUUUUCUUUCCCUUUUUUAUGACUUGCACUACAGUAACUGGCAUCCAGAUACCCUCUCUCUCUUUCUAAUAUGCUUCAGUGUUUCAAUUGUUCUGCAGCAUUGACUUUCACACAUAUGAACAUUUAGUGUGACAGUGCAAUAAGUAACAAUGCUGCCUGCUAUCAUUUGUAUUAUCUUUUAUAUGUUGUCACUUCUAAGGCUCAGAAUAUGCAGACUUUGAUCAUGUAAUAUUUGAUGCUUCAUCUGUGUAAUGUAAAGGCCUCACUGAAAACAAUUAUUGUAGAUGUCAUAUUUGGAUUUUAACAUAGUAUAUAUGUUUCAGAACAAAUGAGUUCUUGUCAGUACCACUAUACUGCAUUAGGAUGUCAUCUCAGGUAAUAUAGAUAGUGCCUCAAACCCCUUCCUUAUAAUUAUUCACAGCUUGCACAGGGUAUCCUAAGUGCUAGUUAAUGUAUAAUUCUUCUUAGCUCACCAAAGCAUAUUUCUUACACAGUAUCCUUGCUAUGGUUUAUAAACUCAGUGGAUUAUCCUUAAAGGAGCAUUAAGCUCCAAAAAUGCUAUCAUGCGUAUGAAAGAGCACUAUUUAAAAAUGUAUUUUUUCACGAGAAAAGGAUUCAGUUAAAGCUGUCUAUUUUAUUUUGCAAUAACAGGAAGUGCAUGUUUGUGAACAAUUGGGCCCCACUGCCUUAUUUGUUGACAGUGACAAGCAUAACAACAUAUUUUUAUCUCCACACAGGAACAUCUGUAAUACAUUUAAAAUGCCCAUUUUAUAUGCAGUGAAGAAAAAAUGAUUUUCAAGUAAGGUGUUGUGUUUAGAUGGAUAAUUCGUCCUUGUCAAGGCAUACACAAUUUAACACUUAAUUUACUAGACAGGUCUUCUUUUUACCGCCACAAAUGAAGGGUUUAGAAAUAGUAGGUAUGAAAAUGGUAUGUUCUUUGUAAAUGAUACCAUAAGAAUACAAUUUAAAAAAAAACGUUCUCCUUUUUUUAGUCUUGCUUUUAGUCAGUAAUUCAGUUCACUGACUCCUGUAGUGUGAUGCAACUAUGCACUUUACAAACCAAAUUUACAAUGAGUUUUGAGAAAUCUUAGACAAUCACCCAUUCACUUUUCACUUUUUCUGUUUUAAAUAGUAUCAAUAUACAAUAGAACAUCAGUUUCUAUAAAUUUAAUUCCAAAACUGAAUACAUGUAAAAUAUGCGCUUACUAUGUUAAGAGGGACUUUGCCACUGCGUAUCUGGUUUUCACAUGUGGUGCUUUAUUUUUAUUUUUAAAAGCAAGACAUAUAGGUGCUUUGCAGUAAUAAUAGCAUAAAUCUAAUGUAGUUUCAUUUGAUUUCAAAUAUAAAAAUGAAAGUGUUAAACUAAUAAGCCAAAUAUUACAAAUGACUGAUGGCGGGAAGGAAAAACUAGGUUUGCAUUGUAAAUUUUGUCCUUUAUAAUGUCACUGUGCAAUUAUUAGUGUUUAAAUCAGUAUUUUCAGGCUUAUAUAUAUAUAUAUAUAUAUAUAUAUAUAUAUAUAUAUAUAUAUAUACAUAUACAUACAGUAUACUGUAGCACAGGAAAUCGUUCUCUUUUUCAACCUGCACAGACUCAGCACAUUGAUGAAACCCAGGAUUAAAUCACAUCCUGACAGUAAUAUGGCAUUAGGUUGGUAAUGCUAGUUAAAGCUUUAAAUAUUAAUGCUGCUGGUAACCUCACCGAACAAGUUGCUUUCAUGUGAUAAAGAGCACUUACAAUUCAGUGGAGUGGGGUUUAUCUAAUCAGACGUCAUCAAUAUGCCCUGUGUACGAGCAGGCAGUGCCAGCCUUGGUUGUCAAGGUACCUGCAAUGCAAUUACAUACGUUCUGCAGCAAUAUUGUGCUAUCUUUUCUGUGCUUUUCUCUUUUUUUUUAUUGUUCAUUAAAAGUUUUUGAAAAGCCAAUUCUAUCAAAAUCCUUCUGCAAAUUUAAAUAAUCAACCCCUUAGUUACCAGAGAUUUCUACCACUGAAAUGAUCACUGGCAUCCAAGGGGGUAAAGAAAAACAAAAUGGCUCCAAAAUGCAUGAGGAAAAAAAGCCCAUGACAUUCCUUCUUUGCCCAGAUUGUGGACUUUUUUUGCCUGCUGGUCAGGUUGUACAGAAAUAAACUAUUAGAAGUCAACUUUGCAAUAUAGUUAUGUUUCCUAUAAAAUCCAAUUAUUGUUUCUGUCUGUAUAUAGCUAAUCUCUUUGUGUUUUCUUUCUUAAAUAAAGAGACAGAUGUGUUGAAAUGGGUCCACUUCCUAUGUCCUGAUGUAAUUUAAAGAAUUAUAUCAAAUAAACUAGGAAGGGGUAAGACAAGAUCUGGCAUCUUGGCUACUUGUAAAUUGCAUAUUUUUAUUUUAUGACUUUUGAUUUAUCAUUCAUUUGAUAAAAAAAAAACAUGCACUUUGUUUAAAAAAAAAUAAAAAAAAAAUGCAGCUCUGCUUCAGUCUAAAAAGUAUAUGGUCUUUUGUAUUUUACAUUGUAUAACAUAUUGCCAGAGUGGAAGUUAUCAAUAGUAUGUUCUAUAACAUUCAUUCAUUGUCUGCAUAGUGAAUGUGAAGAAACAGUUUUCACAUUAAGUAGUAUUAUUAAAUAACAAACCUAAGAUAAACUCCUUUCCUGAUUUUUAAAAAAAAAUAUAACCCAGUACAAGUUUAAUAAACCAUAUUACAUGUGACUGUAGCAGGGAUGCAGAUACUGUAUGUAUCAGAGAAUAGCAAAUUAUGCUUCAUUUUGAUUUAAAUUAUAAAUUCAAGAGACCUUUUUAUUUUCCAAAGUGUAUAUAUAUAUUAAACACAAAUUAUUCAAUCCAUUUCAAUCUGUCUGUGCUAAAAUGUAGAUGUGUAGUUUCAUGUGUUCUAUCUUUGUAACUUGGAUUGCACUAUUGUAAUCUACAAAAUGCUCAGGAGGUUUAUAACACAAUGCAUACCUCUGCCUUUGUUAUAUAUAUACAUAUAUAUAAAUAUAUCUAUAUAUAUAUAAAUUGUACAGAGGUACAUACGAGUCAUUUAAAGAGCUCAGCACUGACAUUGGCCAUUUAACUGUUAUUACUGGUUGUACCAUGGCUCCUUUGCGUAAUGUAAUAUGGAUUUGUUAUUGUUCUGUUUUAUUUUUUUUGCAAUAUUACUGCAGUCUUUAAAUGACCCCAAACUUUAUGCUAAAUGCUAUUGUAUAUUUUUUAAUUGCUAAAUGCUGUAAAGAAAUGCAAAGAAACCUUAAUUAUUUUAUGUUAAUGUGUAAUUAUGUAAAAAGUAAACCAGUAAUAACUUUAAAAGUCAUGUUUUUUUCUGUAAUAUGCCACUUUGUAACAAGCUUUAAUUUAUCUUCAUCUUUUGUCCCUAGUUAUUUCUUCUAAUCCCUUGUACAUUUUCUCAAAAUAAAUUCCAUUCUAUA